AUCCCUUACGCGAAGCCAAAAACGAGAACGCGUAUCUUCAUUCCCAAAUCGCCAAAUCCCUAAAAAUCCCAAUUUCCAUUGAAUCGCCAUCUUCAUUGAAUCCAAUCAUUCCCAAUUUCUUCAAUCAUUCUCCAAUCUCUUCGUUUUCAUUCGUUUUGAUUCGGUUUCAUUCUCCAAACCCUAGAUCUAAAGCAAUGGAAAAGGGCGGUGAGGCGACGAUAGAUCUAAAGCGAGACGGCAUUGAGGAUCUGAGCGGCCGUGUUCAUCUACUUCCCUGCUGUAUCAAGCACGACGGUCCCACCGAAGUUUCUCACUAUUUCAAACCUAAACCCACCGGCGUCGUCGGAGAAGGUUACUCGAAGGUUUUGUUCUGGGAAAGAAAAAUUCGUCUAAAAAAUCCGGUGAAAGCUCUGAUUCUUGGGAGACUAGUGCUACGUUUAAUGAUAUUACGUAUUGGAACCAUGACUAUGUUCCUUCUCAGAAUGAUGAUUUCUUCCGUUCUUUCCAUUGGAUUACUGUUGCUAAAGCUAUAUGUGCUUAAGAAGAUUAGACUUGCCCGCCAAACUGAGCGGUCUCGCAGAUCUGCACACCAGGAGAUGGAGCUUAUAUCUAAAUUACGAAACCCAUUUAUUGUGGAGUAUAAAGAUUCAUGGGUAGAAAAGGGUUGCUAUGUCUGCAUUAUUAUAGGUUAUUGUGAGGGUGGAGAUAUGGCGGAAGCUAUAAAGAAGACUAACGGUGUUCUGUUUCCGGAGGAGAAACUUUGCAGAUGGCUCGUUCAACUUCUAAUGGCACUUGACUACCUGCACAUGAAUCACAUUCUUCAUCGUGAUGUCAAGUGUUCAAAUAUCUUCUUGACGAAAGAUCGUGACAUACGUCUCGGUGAUUUUGGACUUGCCAAAAUGUUGACUUCUGAUGAUCUUGCUUCCUCUGUUGUGGGAACUCCUAGCUACAUGUGCCCUGAGCUCCUUGCUGAUAUACCUUAUGGUUCUAAAUCAGAUAUUUGGUCCUUGGCUUGAUAUUCUGAUGGGAAAGGCUAGGAGUGUUGACCAGAGUCCUGAUGCUUCAACUUCAACAGAGGAGUAGAACACUAAGAGGAGGAGGAGGAGGAUGAUGAAACUCUGCUGCUUGUAGAGUAUGAAACUUUGCUAGCUUGUUAAUUAGGAAUUGACAAUGACUUGUGGAAAAUAAUAUUCGAAAUUAUGUCAAUUUUGUUGUGCGUUAUUAGCUACUAGUAAUUUUGUUGUG